AUGGGAUAUUCCGGUCUCCAGAGGGAAGUCCUCUCUCUCUACAGGCAGUGCCUCCGUGCCUGCCGCGCCAAACCAGCCGACGCGAGACCGGGCUUCAAGGCGUUUGCGAGAGAGUCAUUCGAGAAGAACCUGGGGAUGAGUAAGCGGGAUUUCGGGCUGAUUGAGUAUCAGCUGAGGAAGGGGAAGAGGCAGUUGGAGCUUUAUUCGAGGCCGGAGAUUCGGAAGAUUGGGGUGCAAUAG